AUGUUUGAAUCUACCGAAAGACUUGAGUGGGAAGUGGAGAAGCGAGACAAAGAGCUGAUUACCGAGUUUUUGAGCAGCACCGAAGUAGAAGAACAGGUUCCUAAGGUAUGUAUGAACAAUUGUAUGACUAUAAGGAGAGAGACAGCUGACAUAUUACCUGAAUGCGUGAUUCGCAAAAUACUCUGUUUUCUUAGUUUUAAAGAAGCAGCACAACUGAGUAUUCUCUCUAAAACAUGGCUGCAAGCCUGGUUGACUCAUCCCAAUUUAGAUGUCAUAGUUGAUUAUUACGGAAACAAUUUAGAUAUAGUGGAUAAUAUCAUGAAGAGAUAUAGGGACGGAAUAAUCCCUAUAGAAAAGUUUGAAUUAUCAUACUUUGAUUCUUCCUCCCAAGGUUUUCCAUUGAUUGAUAAGUGGUUUGAUAUUGCACUUCAGAAUGGUGUGAACGAUCUCACCUUUAACGUUCCUAAAUAUUCAUCAUACCGCUUGCCUAUUUUCAAAAUUUUGGCAACAAAAUCUUUAAGAGAAUUGGUUAUGUGGGGUUGUCAUCUAAAGCGUGCUUCAUUAUCUAGCGGAGUCGUAAACUGCAAUUCUUUGAGAUUACUUUCUCUGUCUUCUGUUACAUUAAGCGAAAAAAUGCUUCAGACUCUACUUAAUAGUUGUCCUCUGAUUGUCAGUUUCGUAUGUGAUUAUUGUGAUGGGUUGGAAAAGAUUGAACUGGUUAAUCUUCAGAAUAUCAAGUCAAUUUCCAUUUGGAAAGGUAGAAAGCAGCGUGUUAAAAUUCAAGCGCCAACACUUGAACACUUGUCUUAUUUUAGUGUUCCGAAAGAGUCUUCUAUGUUGGAUAUGCUUGAUGUUCCAAAUUUGGUGUCACUAGAGUAUAAGGGAGAUCAAAUUCCUGAGACUUUCGUGGAUGCUAAUUUUCAAUGGAGUUGUUAUCCUAAGAGACUCAUCCUUGAGUCAACUAGUAAAACAAUUGCAUCUUUCAUGGACCGUUUAAUGUAUAUGAAGAGUCUGAGUCAUUCUACUACUAAUGAAAGCAAGUCUUUGCAUAGUCAAUUAAAAGAAGUGAAAGUCUACAAAUUAGAUUCAAGUUGGCAGCUUGUUGAGUUCAGAAGUGAGGAGCGGGCAACAAGGAUCCUUAAGGAGGGGGAGAAAUUUUAUUUUAUGUUAGAGUGGUGA